AUGCCGAGGGAUGUUGGCCUGACGGCGGAGCAAAUCGCAAUCGCAGAGGGAGCGGACCCGGACAAGCUCGCGCGCGGCCUGCGAUUGAUGGAGAGGGAGCGCGAGGUGCCGAUGCGCACUGCGUUCCGUUCGCACUGGCGCGCAGUGACGUGGAGCGUCAUCCUCUCAAUCGCCCUCAUUAUGGACGGAUACGACGGGUACCUCCUCCCCUCGUUCUAUGCCCACCCGGACUUCCUGGCGCGUUUCGGAAAGGACUUCACGGACGCAUCGGGACACACGAAGAAGAUCAUUCCUGCCCAGUGGCAGACGUCUCUAUCCCUCAUCACACUGCCAGGGCAGAUUCUGUCUCUGCUCUUUGUUGGAUGGGCGGCGGAACGCUUCGGAAAUCGAGCGACAUACUGUUUCGGCAUGGUCGUUAUCAUUGGUGUUAUCUUCAUGUUCGUGUUCCUGAAGAGCUACCAAAUGCUGCUCGCAGCCGAAGCACUCGUUGCCUUCUGCUGGGGCAUCUUCCAGACGCUCACGGCUUCGUACGCGGCGGACCUGUGUCCCAUCGGUCUGCGCGGUUUUGCGACCUCGUUCAUCUCCAUGGCAUGGGGUACAGGCUCCUUCCUCGGCGCGGGAGUUACGCGCGGCUCCCUACAGAUGCACGGCGUCUGGGGUUGGCGGCUCCCCUUCGCGCUGCAGUGGGUGUUCCCCGUCCCGCUUCUUAUCACGGCUAUCCUGGCCCCGGAGUCGCCCUACUGGCUGAUUCGUAAGGGGAGGAACGAGGACGCGAAGAAGGCCAUCCGCCGUACAGCCCGCAAGGGGUAUUACGAUGAAGAGGACCUGGAUGCCUACCUCGCGUACAUCCGGCACACCGACGCGCUGGAGGAAAUCGAGGCCCGCAGUGCCAGCUUCAUGGACAUGUUCAAGGGGACGAACCGGCGUCGCACUGAGAUCAUGCUCUGUGUCUGGGGAAACCAGCAAUGGAGCGGGUACAACCUAUCCGGGCUGGCGACCGUGUUCCUUAAGAAUGCGGGCAUGAACGCUACUUGGGCGUUCAACUUUGGCCUCAUCAUCGCGUCGAUGAACAUUGUCGGUUGUGGCCUUGAACUGGCUGUUAUCAACCGCAUCUCGCGCCGCGCUCUUCUCAUUGGCGGCCAGGCGAGCCUCAUCACGAUCCUCUUGCUCAUCGGUAUCCUGGGCUGCCUCCCCUCCUCCACCGGCGUGAACAAGGGCCUGGGAGCGCUACUGGCAAUGAUCAACCUCGUUUACCACAUCACACUGGGCCCGAUUGUGUACUCCAUCUCCGCCGAACUGCCCGCCACACGUCUGCGUGCGCGGUCCAUCGCGCUCGGGCGCAUGUUCUACCUCCUCCUGGGAGCGGUGCAGAACCAGCUCGUGCCGCGCAUGAUUGCACCAGACAGCUGGAACUGGGGCCCUAAGUGCGCCUUCUUCUUCGCUGGCAUCAACUCUCUUUGGACGCUGUGGGCUUUCUUCCGCGUGCCCGAGACGAGUAACCGGAGCUAUGCCGAACUCGAGAUCCUCUUCGCGAACAAAGUACCCGCGCGCAAGUUUGCAAGGACUAAGGUGUGGGACGCGAGCGCCGAAGCGGCGGGAAAGAGUGACCCCAGCGAUGACGAGUGCGCCAAGGACGGCAAGGGAGCGGUUGUCACUGUCGUGGACGUCGAGACUGAGGCACCUGUCGUUAAGAAGUAA